AUGUCUACCUUGCGUAUUGUUGCAGGGGAGGGCUCGGUCCGAUCUUUUCUAUCGGCGCCUAUCCGCCGAAGACUUUCUCGAGCUUCAAAGGAUGCCUUGAAUAACGGAGUCUUGAUCUUCCGUUCUGUAGUACUUCUGUCAUUACGUAGGCAUUGUCCUAGGGAUACGAAUGCAAAGGGUCACUUCAAUCUCUUGCAGACGUGGUAUUGCUACUCAUUUAUUAUAUCGCAUGAUUUACAAAAAAUGUCACAAGCCCUAAGUAAUCAAUGCAGCAAGACAUCCGGUGGGGUCUAUCUUGGCUGUGCUGUGAAAGACGAUGCAAGCAAACUUGUAAAACUGGUAUCUAUAGGGAUCUGCAGACGGAACAGUGUUACGACGCCGGAACCUAUGAGGACAAAGGAGCUAUCAAGUACUUGGGACGGAAGUCGGAGGUCAAGGCCAGAGGGCUUGACGACACCCAAGGACGGGUCACGUGAUCCAACAUCACGGGGACAGAGUGAUCAAGGUGAUCAAGCCUUGGCGAAAUCGUGAAAAGCCAAGAUCUUGAGCAGCUUGAUCAAAGGACUAGG